AUGAUGGAGAUUUUGAAGACGGUGCGAAAUGGAGGAAACGUACUUAUCCCGACGGACAGCUCUGGACGCGUGCUCGAGCUGAUGCGAGUGCUGGACCAGUACUGGAUCCAGAACAAGCUGCGUGACCCCAUCGCUUUGCUUCAUGAUAUGAGUUACUACACGCCCAAAGCUGCGCAGGCGAUGCUGGAGUGGUGUAAUGACCGCAUCGCAAAGAAUUUCGACGUUGGCCGCCAAAACCCCUUCCAGUUCACACACAUUCACCUGGUCCACACUUUGGAGGAACUGGAUGCUCUACCGAAUCCUAAAGUGGUUUUAGCUACGUCACCAAGCCUAGAAUGCGGCUUUGCAAAGGAUAUUUUCAUUCGCUGGGCGCCCGAUCCUCGAAACAGCAUCAUAUUUUCGUCAACGACGUCAGAGACGUCAUUUGCAUCUCGUGUAGUGAAGCUAUCAAAAGAUCCGUCUGCCGAGAAGAAUAUUUCAUGCACAGUGACGCAAAAGGUGUUCUUGGAGGGAGCUGAGCUUGCGCUAUAUGAGGUUAAGGAGCGGAAACGCCUUCGCACAGAGGCAGAAAACAAGGCGAAGGAGAUUGAGGAGGCUGCAAUGGAAGAUAUGAUGAUGGGAAUCGAAGACUUUGAGUCCGAGUCUGAAGAAGAGGAAACGACGCCGCAAGAAGUCCAACUUCGAGGCACAUUUAAGGUUGGCCUGGGGCAGUUCGCAUCGGUUCGCUAUCCCAUGUUUUUUGCUGUGGAAUCAAAAACCGAGUGGGACGAAUACGGAGAGAUCAUCAACCCAGACGACUUCAAGGACGCCACAUUGCUGGCCAACCGCCAGGCUCGUCGUAAUAUCAUUGAAGAUGCUGAUGGGGAUGAGGACAUGGAAAAUGCUAAUCAGGAGGCUGCAGUUGAGACUCGCCCCACCAAGACUAUCACGAACGAAGUUGUUGUCAACAUCGCUGCUCGUAUCACGCAAGUGGACUUCGACGGUAUUGCCGAUGGCCGAGCGAUCCGAAACUGUUUGGGCAACGUCAAGCCUCGCAAACUCAUUCUGGUUCACGGCACCGAAAAGACCACGAGCGAACUGAAGCAGUUUGUGGAAUCGUCGAUCCCAAUGUGUGAAGCUGUGUUUACUCCUGACGUGAUGGAGUGUAUUGAUAUUGAGUCCGACACGAACGUGUACAAGCUAUCAGUCAAGGAGUCACUCUACACGUCCGCAGUUGGCAGCCAUGAAGUCUCCUAUGUUACUGGCCAACUGGUGUUAUCGGAGAACAGCUCGGUACCGGUGCUGCAGCCUCUGAACGAGAAUGGUGGUCAGGCAACACACGAACCCAUUCUACUGAGCGAUGGCAAGAUGAAGCUAGACGUGAUGAAGCAAGUGCUGGGCAAGGCAGGGUUUCAGGCCAAAUUUCGUGGCGGUAUGCUUGUUUGCAACGAUGGCGUGGUGCUUAAACGCGCGAUGAACAAUGAGAUUGUGAUGGAGGGCACACUGUCCAGGAACUAUUAUCGCAUUCGAGCGCUGCUGUAUGAGCAGUUCACGCUUGUGUAG